AUGCGAUUGGGCUGCCAGGGCUUUUCUUGGCUGUCCUUGUGGGGGACGGCCUGCCGCAUCCUCGGGCCGCAGCCCCUCACUUACGUCCCGCUCAUUUACGUGGCGGUGAAGGCUUCAGUUCCCAGGGCUGAGGUCUUCACUGUAUGCGCCACCGGGUCGUACUUUGCGGCGCUGGCCGGCUAUGGCGCAGGCUUCGGCCUGAUGCGUGUGGAGUGCUACCAGACAGCCUUGCACAAGCUCUCGGCGGCUCAACCGUGGCUGCCUGACCUUAUGCAGCGGCGUGGCGCCGUGGGCGUUGCGAUGGCCGCCCUGAUGCCUAUCCCGCUGGCCAUAGCUACUUGGACAGCUGGCUCCUUCCGCGUGAACUUCCUCCAUUUCCUCGUUGCUGCGGGGUUCCGCAUGCCCAAGAUUCUGAUCUUCGUGCUGCUCAGUGGGGGGCCACCUGGGCCACCUCCUCGAGCAAACAUCUAG